AGUGAUCAAGUAAAGUCCGACGAUGCUGUUGAUGGUUCGCAACGUAACACAGAAGACCAGAGCGAACGUAUCAACGAUUUACUCUGUUUGGCAACGGAAAAUAAUAUUACGACAAUUACGGAUUUAUCGUCUCAAAGUUUAUCAAUUCAUCAGGAUCCUAAUGACGAUAAAGAACGUGUCAUUAAUGAAAAAUGCGAUUCUAAUGUCACAAAUAAUAAUAAUUGUACUAGCGGUGGAUUAUUAAGUGAUGGUUUCGAGUACCCUACGGGUGGCGAAGGGGAAAAAGAUGCCAGUAAUAAUCCAAAUGAUAAUGAUGAUGAUGAGACUAGUAGCGUCGAAUUUGUUGAUUCACAGCCAUUUGAAGAGGAUAUCAGAAGUGCUGAAAUCAAACAAAAUCAGCAGUUGGUUGGUGACUUGAUGGAACCAAAUCAAAUGCAAGGGUGUAAUACCCUUGUGAAUGCUACCAUUACGCCAUCAAACAUUCCAAAUAAUAUAUGUGUCGCAGAAACCAUGGUUUUAGGACAGGACUUGUGUUCGCAGAAUGAAUCAAUGUUUUAUGAAGAUAUUAAACAAAAAUCGUCUCAAGAAGUAUCCAAACCGUGGAAUAAUGAUAGAAAAGCCUCAUCUGCCCAACGUAAAAGUGCGAAAGGAGGUUAUAUCAACGACCUGCCUCUUGCAAAUGGGUUUGAACUUGAUUCACCAGGGCAGUCAAACCCCGAUGAACAUGGGCAUUAUCCAAACAUUUCAGACUAUAAUAAUAUUCAACCACGAAGUUGUAAUGAAGUUUUUAAUUCAAAUUCUUUUAAUACAUCGGGCAAAACAUAUUCUUGUAGUGAAGAUAAUCCUGUCGAUAGUUCCAGUGUUAGCACAAUAGGUUGUACAAAAGAAAUUGACUAUUGCACUAAUGCACCGGCGGAUUCUUGUUAUUCAAAAACCAUUGGUGCAAUUAGCUCAGGUAAAUCGGAAUUGGACAACCAGUUGCCAUUCUCUUCAAACAGGGUAUUAAAAGAGACCGAUUUUGCAAGUUUAUGUACAACACACUCGUCUUAUAAUGAUGGAUGCUCAGUGGACAAGAAUAAAAGGAUUAUGUGUUCGAGUUCUGCGAAUGAGGUAACCGCCAAUUUCUCGGACUUAAGUGCAAACACGAAAGGUGCUCUAGAGUCGAAAUGUGCAGAUAGUAAUCAAGAAGUGAGCAAACUAGUUCCUCAGAAUUCUUGCAAACAAAACGUUGAACCCUCACUUGGUAAAAGUGACUUUUUGUCUAAUUCUGAUGAUUUGAGUGACUUGUCCGACACUGUAGCUGCGGAUGACCUCUCUAGUAACUCAUCUAUCAGUGAUUUACCUGAAGACGUUGUUACGUCUUCUUCUGCGAUAGCUUUAUCGAGACCAAGUAAUCUGGAUCUUUCUUCUGCAGCCAUCAUGAAUAAUGAAAUAACACCCAGCGAGGAUGUUGAACCAUCGGUUAUUUCUCCGUCAAAGGUUUCUGUCACAUGUAUCACAGAAGAGGAGACAAUAACAGUGGAGGAGGUUUUUAUAUCACCAAAUCAUCAUCAUGCCGAUAAAUCGUUUUCCGAUACUUUGGACAAUAAGCGUAAAUCCACAUUGUUACCAGAAGCAACAUCAAACUGCAUGCGAUCUUGUACACUCUCAUCCACUGAACGUCUAGACUUCGAUUGGAAUGAACACUGUCUAAGAAUGAUCGUAACUGGAACACCAGAGAAUUCACUCAAAGUGGCAGUAGCCGGUACACCAACAUCAUCAGAAAAUCAAGGACGGUUACUGACAGGACGUGAUAGGAUAUCACAAUCAAAUGAUUUUAGCGACGCGAAUGAAGAUAUGCAGGAUGAUGUUGAAACUUUGCGUUUAAAAGUUGAGAACAAAAAUGAGGAAAUAUUGCGACUGAAAAACAUCACCGAGGGUCUACGCCAUCGAUUGACAAAGGUUGAGCAGCAAAAUAUGAGACUUAGUCAAAGCAGCGAUUCGUUUCUCUCUGUUCCCAGUGAAAGACCGUCUAGCUCUAGCUCCUGCUAUGAUAGUGUUGUUAGUUUGUCAUACGAAGGUAAUAUAAGGUCUCCUUCUCUUGAGGAAAACUUUCUACUUAAAGAGGAAAUACAUCUGCUCAAAUCACAGCUUGAGAGCAAAUCGGACACAAUAAGACGAUUAAACUCAAAAACAAAUGCAAUGAAAGCUCGACUAAUCGAAGAAGAAAAACAUGUAAAAACUGACUCUGAAAACAAAAAUAAUGCAGGAGCAAGAAGGAAAGUUAUUCGACCGGUAAAAUCUGUCAAUGACAUAUCUGUUGAAGAGAAGCCCCGAAUGUUGCCGAUUUGUACGUCUGGAAGCGCCAGCUCAGUGUUUGUCAAUUCAACAACUGUUCCAAUUAACUCGUCUCUAUCUGAACAAACGUCGAAAAAGAAGAAGAAAAGAAGACUUUUUAGUUUCGGGAAGAAGAAAGAUAAAAAGAAAUAAACGGCUAUUAUUCCAUUUAGGCCUAUCUGUUAUAAUGUAAAUAAUGCAUAAUGUAAUGUCUAAUAAAGAAAAAAAGCUUUGAGAAGAGAGGAGUGAUUAGUAUUAGGCCUACAGCCCAAUACUUAAAUGUUUUUUAUGGUAUAUUGAGGCAAAUGUUAACGAUUAGUUGCCUUGUGCUAUCGUCUUGCACAACUACACUUUUGGUAGUAGACAUUUAAGCUUGAAUUUUAAAGAGUGGGCCGGUUAGCAAGAAGUGCUACCUGUACGUCCUAAUACAUAAUGCUUGUUAGAUUUUUUGGGGAAUUCAAUGGUAUGUUUCCUGCUGAUUAUGAGUACCAAUUAUAAUGUAUCAUUAGCUUAAUAAUACCAGAUACCAAUACAGUACUUAGACUUUUACAUUAUUCAAACUUUCUACAAUAAUUUUAGAUUAGAAUUUGUUUAUGUGGGAGGAAAGAAAUACAUCGGAAGUGGAGGAUGAACAAAGUGGGCGAUGGGCAAGAAGAAUGGCCGAGGAGAUAAAACUAUGGAUGAUACCGUAAUUACAAGAUUUGUGGGCUUACUUUACUUAAAUUUCACAUUUUUAUAAUGCAGAAUGUGCGGAGUGUAAAUACAGACUAAAGGCCAACUCAGACAGCGUCGGCCGACGCAGCCCGACCCGAUUUAUCGUCAGGGACAGUCUUAAGCCGUCGUGAGAAAUAUUAAACAUGGUUAAUAUUCUACUACGCGACUGCCCCCGACGCACACCAUCGCGUCUGCGUUCAACUCACACAGACCCGACGCGACAACAAAUCGCGUCGGGCUGCGUCGGCCGACGCUGUCUGAGUUGGCCUUAACCUACUAACCUAAUACGCAAAUAUUAUGGUCUUCAUGCUUAAGCGUUAUUAAUAAUUAAAAACAUCAUAGGAAUUUGGUUUUCCUACAAAUAAUUGUUUCUUACCGGGGAAAAUAUUGCGAAUAGAUCGAAUAUUGUCAUUAUGUAAUCAAAGCCAAUAUUCUCAAAUAAUUUCUUAUAUUAAAAAUAGGCAUUCUUAUAAUCAGCGAAAAUUGAGUAUUUAGUAUUAUAAAAUUAUAAUAAUUAUAAUAUAGGCCUAAAAUAAUGGCAUUAUAACAUAGUUCAUAUCGGUCAAUGACAAGACAGUAAACAUUUAAAAUAUUACAAGCAAAGUGAAUAAUUAGUUUUGAAAGAUAAGUAAAUAGGCCUACCUGUAGGUGAAAGAGCAUAAAAGUUACUAAGGAUAUAUCCUGUUCGGUGUUUUUUCAGAGCUACUUAAAGGUAUUACACUGGUCUGUGCCUUAUGCAUAGCUAAGAUGCUAGUAAUUACUUCACCCGUGAGAAACAAUCCUAAAAGUAAACGUUUAUGUCAAUAUCAGUGAUGAGUUGAUACUGUAUUUUGCAAUUCGUAACACAGAACAUCCAGAACUUGUCAUUCCAUGAUAGGCCGCAAUUUACUAUGUAGUAUCCGGUACACAUGAACACGUUCAAUAACCACUGAAUACACUUAUGUCAUUAAUAUGUACGUGUGAUCGCGUGAGAUUAGGUAGUUUUCACCGCACGACGUUAACUUUACCUUUAACGGUAGUACCCAGCAUGCAGCGCGAUUGCUCCGCCCCUCUUUAAAUAAAUCGAAAUACGCAUGCGGAACCAGUAAUAACUAAUGUACGUUGAGCACGUAAAAUCUUGAAUUUAACGUACUCAGCAAAGCAAGAUAAUUAAAUUAUGACGUCAUCCGUCAACUUUAAGGUCAAGGUCGUGCGGCGAAAAGCCUCAUAUAUUAUUUACAGAGCAGUAAAUAAUGCAGGUAGAUCAUGUGAUAAAUUGCUUUAAAAUAUUGAUAUAAAUAUUUUUUUCCCUGUUUUUGUUAGGUUUUUGAAAUAUACAAAUUAUAUUUUCAGAUAUCUGUCCUUAUCACGUGAAAAAAGAAAGAGAAAGGCACUUUAAUACGUCCGAUUCAAUCACAAUAAGAAUUUUCAUUUGACGAAUAUAUGGGAAUAGGCAAGUUAUGUGCAAUAUACACUAUUAUAAACUGAAUGUCUUUCUUAAGUUCAUCGAUCGAGAUGUAAAAAAUCGUUUUUCUCUUCUUUCUUUAUUUUAAAAAAGUUCACAAAAGAAUGUAUUAUAAAACCCAAUUGUUUAUAUUGUUAUAAUUAUUAUUUUUGUGAUUGUUAAUGUUGUUAUUAUUAGGUAUGUUAUUAUUUCAGUUUCAUGGCUGAUUGUAGUAUAAAGUUAGUAUCUCGAUGAUGUGCCUUAUGGUUAAAAUUGCAAUCACUGUAUUCAUAGUGAAGUGUCUAUCUUUUCAGUAUGACAACAAUUGAGUAAAUCAUUUGACGUGCUUUUGGUCCAAAAAUAGAUAGGCCUAUGAUAUACUUCCAAAAUUAUUGCAAAAAAAAUAAAAUAAAAUAAAAUAAAAUAAUCAAGUUUUUAAUUAGGAUACGUUAUUGUUAUUCAUUUGAUCGUGCUUACUGUUCUUGUAUAAACUGUUUAAAUCAAUCUUUUCGUUUUUACAAAUGUAAAUUUGCAAAAUAGUAUCUCUACAUUUUAAGUAUUAAUACAAGCGAGAGGUUUGCGCAGAGGUGGUGGUCUUGGCUAUUCUUAUAAUAUUAUGGUCGAGGCCAAUCAUGCAAAAUAGUAUCCCUUAUUUAGAAAUAGUGCCUUAUUUAGAAAUAACUUUGGCCGUAUGCAAUGUGAAAUAAUGCCUAGAAAUCCGGGAAUAACUUCUUCAUGAUUUCACGUCUAUACAUCUGCGCAUUGUUUCGCGUAAUUGGAGUGCGACGGGUCUGUGUGUAUAAAAUUGUCUUAAAAUAUACACGUUAUGAAUAACGCAAAUUUCUUUCCAUUUAAGUACUGUAUAAUACUGUAUUCAACAUUUUAUCAUUUUUCCCAUAAUGACUGUCCUUCCACAUAGUUUUAUUUUAUUAAAAACGAUAUGUAGUUGAAAGUCAUGGUAUUAUAAGUGCGCAUGCUUAAUCGGACGUGCCUUUCUAUAGAAUGCCUAAUGCACUGAGAUCCUUGUAAGGCCAUGGUAUUCACUUAUCCUCUCUAUUACAGUAUAAAUAAUUAUUUUAUUCUAGAAAUAAUAAAACCAUAUAUAAAAUGAAUUUGUCUAUCUAGGUAUAUGUUUUUCUUCUAUUUUUUUUUCACACUUCUUGUCUUGAUAUUAUUCGUUUAUCAAUUAAGAACAUGUAUUGUACACCAAAAUAAUGUUGCAUUAUGCACAAAAAAAAAAACAUUUAUUAAUUUUAAUAUAUAUUUAUAAUGAACUAUAGAAUAACUACUUUAAUAGAAAAAAAAACAA